UGCAUUGUCCGACCUCUCAACCGUGGCAACCAUCAGACCAACUGUUCGGGCCUGGCUCCUGCAAGGAUCUGUUGCGCAGUCCUCAUCACACCCGAUGCUUCGGGUUUGUGGGACAGCAUGCCCGUUUUCGGACAGUGUGCAUAUCGAGCCCGUCGACCAGUCAAGCCUCAUGCAAGCCGGCACAAUCCAGGAAUAAUCUCCUUCAAGGUUCAUCAGCCGCCCUGCCACCCGGCACCACCAACUUCGUCCCCGCAUCUUCCCUGUGAUCAAAAAGACACUGGAGAGCCAAUCCCAGCGGCCCCGCGAUAUAACGACCAAUGGGAAAAUAAGCCGAUGCUUGAGAUCUCCCGCGGCAGUGGGACGAUGACCUCGCCGCAACUGGGCGUGUUCCUUACAGUAUGCUGUGCCAUAUUCACUUCCCAGGACCCCUUUCUUUGUUUCGCAGCUGUGUCUAGCUGGUUCGUAAGUCCACCUAAUUCUGGGCGCUGAAAGGGCAUCCUCCGAGGGAACCGCGGUGAUUGCUGGGCGUUUUGACGCGAGAUUGCCAAUGCUGGAAUUGCUGCUGUCUCCAGCAGGCCAGCCAAGCGAACCCCUUUCACCCCCACGCCGCGAAUCCCCCACGCGCCCACUCUUUAGCUAACAAUUUUAACAGCAUACCAAGACUGUCUAGCUCUCACGCCGUUGCUCGUACUGUGCACAAAACCUGCAGAUAAAAAACUGCA